AUGUCCGCUCUGAAAAGGUAUUCCAGGUUCAAGCAUUUGCCCCGCGCAGUAUCGGGUCCCCUAAAGUGUCCAUUCGAGGGCGCACUCCUUCUCCAGUCCUCCGAGUUCAACAAGGGUUCUGCCUUCCCCGAAAAUGAGCGUGCGGCGUUCAAGCUGCAUGGAUUGCUACCACCCAACAUCCAGACACUCGAUGAGCAGGUUCAGCGUGCCUACCAGCAGUACAUCAGUCGCGACGAUGACCUGGCCAAAAACACGUUCAUGGCGAGUAUGAAGGCACAGAAUGAGGUUUUGUAUUAUAAGCUCCUGCAAACCCACUUGAAGGAGAUGUUCAGCGUCAUCUACACCCCAACCGAGGGGGAUGCCAUCCAGAACUACUCGCGGCUCUUCCGAAAGCCUGAAGGGUGCUUUCUGAACAUUCGAGAUCAAGAUUCACUUGAGGAAUGUAUGUCUAACUUCGGUACUGCCGAGGAUAUUGACUACAUCGUUGUCAGUGACGGGGAAGAGAUUCUGGGUAUCGGCGACCAGGGCGUUGGUGCCAUUCUCAUAUCUGUGGCCAAGCUAGUGAUCACCACUCUCUGCGCUGGAAUCCACCCAUCUCGUCAGCUACCGGUGGUACUAGAUUGUGGGACAAACAAUGAGGAUCUGCUCAAGGAUGAUCUUUACUUGGGUCUGCGGCAGCAUCGUGUCCGAGGCAAAGAAUACGACGAGUUCGUGGAUAAGUUUGUUCAAGUUGCCCGGAAGCGCUUUCCAAAGGCCUACAUUCAUUUCGAGGACUUCGGACUGCACAAUGCCAAAAGAAUCCUGGACAAAUAUCAAUCCCAGAUUCCCUGCUUCAAUGAUGAUAUCCAGGGCACUGGGUGCGUCACCUUAGCGGCGAUGAUGGCAGCUCUGCAUGUCACUCAGGCGAAAAUUGACGACGUCCGCGUGGUAGUCUUUGGUUCAGGAACUGCUGGUACUGGCAUCGCCGACCAAAUUGCGGACACCAUUGCAACCGAGACAUCAAAAUCCAAGGCCGAGGCGGCAAAGCAGAUAUGGUGUAUUGACAAGCCGGGUCUUCUUCUCAAGUCCCACGGAGAUAAACUGACUCCAGCCCAAGUUCCCUUCGCCAGGGAUGAUGAGGAAUGGCCAACAAACAAACAGCACGACCUGCUCUCUGUCAUUCAGCAAGUCAAGCCUCAUGUUCUGAUCGGAACUUCGACCAAGCCCAAGGCUUUCACAGAGGAGAUCAUUCGGGAAAUGGCUCAACAUGUGGAGCGCCCCAUCGUCUUCCCGCUGAGCAACCCAACACGCCUCCAUGAAGCUCAACCAAAGGACCUCUACGAGUGGACCGACGGGAAAGCUCUCGUUGCGACGGGGAGCCCGUUUCCACCAGUGGAGUAUGGAGGCAAGGAGUAUGAUAUCGCGGAGUGCAACAACUCAACCUGCUUCCCUGGCAUUGGACUAGGCGCAGUCCUAUCUCAAAGCCGCCAAGUAUCCAAGAAAAUGCUUGUGGCAGCUGUCCAGGCGCUGAAGGCGCGAUCUCCUGCGCUGGACGACCCCAAUCGACCCCUUCUACCUGACGUAGAGGAUGUGCGGGAAAUCAGUGUGGACAUUGCAGCUGGUGUCAUCAAGUGCGCUGUGCAGGAGGGUCUCGCUCAGCAAGAAGGGAUCCCCACGGACGAUGCCGAGUUGAGAGAGUGGAUUCGGGCGCAGAUGUGGGAGGCUGUCUACCGACCUUUGACCAAGGAGUAG